UGGGGUAGGGAGCAAGAUGGCGCCGUCUAACGUCCUGAGGUGUUGUCAACGGGUGGUCGGCUGGAUCCCCGUCAUUUUUAUUGCGCUCGUUGUCUGUUGGUCUUACUACGCUUACGUGAUAGAAUUGUGUGUCUUUACCAUCCAGAGCAUUGGGGAAAAAGUUGUAUACCUUGUUGUGUUCCAUCUAUCUUUUAUCAUGUUUGUGUGGUCGUACUGGAAGACAAUAUUUACAUCACCAGCCAGGCCAUCAAAAGAGUUCAGCUUGAUAAAAUCUGAUAAGGAACAGUAUGAUCGGGAAGAGAGACCAGAAACACAGCAAGAAAUUCUAAAAAAAGCUGCCAAAGACUUGCCUGUUUACACCAGAACUGCAAAUGGAGCCAUCAGGUACUGUGAUCGUUGCCAAGUAAUUAAACCUGACCGAUGUCAUCAUUGUUCUGCCUGUGACAUGUGUGUAUUAAAAAUGGAUCAUCAUUGUCCUUGGGUGAAUAAUUGCGUGGGAUUUUCAAACUACAAAUAUUUUAUGCUUUUUUUAGCAUAUUCUCUGUUAUAUUGUUUAUUCAUUGCAGCAACAGUACUACAAUAUUUCAUCAAGUUUUGGACACUUUGUCGCAGGAAAUCAUCAGCGAAUUGCCCUAAGGGGGAUCUGCCAGAUACACAUGCAAAAUUCCAUGUUUUGUUUCUUUUCUUUGUGGCGGCUAUGUUCUUCAUCAGUUUACUGUCACUCUUCAGUUACCACUGCUGGCUGGUCAGCAAAAACAGGUCUACAAUAGAGGCUUUCCGAGCACCUGUGUUUCGAAAUGGUCCUGACAAAAAUGGAUUUAGUCUUGGAAUGACCAAAAAUAUAAAACAGGUGUAUGGUGAUCAAGUAAAAUAUUGGCUGCUACCUAUUUUUACAAGCCUAGGUGAUGGGUGUUCUUAUCCAACUCGCCUGGUCAACCAAGAUGUAGAGCAACCAAAUACGAUCAACCACUCUGAACCUGCCAAAAACAUUACAGAGGGACAGUCACUUCCUCCUAGACCAUUGAGUGAAUCUCAAAACCGAUUGUUAGGAGGGAGUGAUCAGCACUGGGUAGAUGACGAGUCAGAUGAAGAUAGUUCCAAAGCAUUUGCAGUUCCAAAUCAAAAUGUUUCGGUUUCAAUUGACCAAGAAUCUACAAAACGUUUGACGUAGCAAAGAUGUUUCCAGUACCAAAUGUUAAAAUUGGAAUGCUGCUCACUUCUCUUGAAGAGGAAACUGUUGGAUGUGUGAUACUGAUGACCAACUUCUGUAUCAAGAUUUCGUCUGCUAUUAAACAGUCAUUAGCAGUAAUACCACCAUGCUGAGAAAGGCAAUGCAUUUAAAAUUACCAUAGCUUGUUGCCUUAAAUGAUAACAUUUUGCUUAGUGCCCACUGACACUGUGAUGGGUGAUACAAAUGUAAGCUGGGCUCUAACUUGUCAAGCCACUAUUCUUCUCUACAUAAACAGCUCACCAGACAAUAAAACUAAUAAUGCAAUUUGUAUCCUGUAACACAAUCGUCUUAGAGUAGGUAACCUGUAAUUGUGAUUGGAAAUGUCCAAUCACACAGCUGUAUUUUGGUUAUUUGAUUGGCUGUUCAGAUAUGUGUACUCUAUCACAUGAGUUGACUUUUACCUCUGCCUACUGCCAGGUUAUUAGUGUUAUAGGAAAUAAAAGGCACUGAAAGGAAUUAUUCUAGUAAUAAUAUUUUAAUAAAGCAAUAUAUAAACCAGAUACAAUGUAGAGAUGGGAUGCAAGAUCCUAAACUCUAUAAUAAUCAUGCACUGUACCUGCAAGGAUCUUAAAAUAAUGAUAAAUGAUUGCAAACUAUAACAUUAAAUCAAAUGCUGAUGCAGGUCUGUAUUUAAGCAAAAGCCAAUAAUACUGAGCGACUGUGCUAUUACUUUAAAAUUAUGCAAGAAAUUUUGAAAUACAGACUUUCUGCACUAAUGUUUGAUGUAUUUGUAUGUAUAUUAAUCAGAGCUGCUGUGCACCAAAGAGCAGUUGCUGUUUUUGAAACACAUAUUUAUUAUUGGCUCUGAAUGAACAGUGAUUUACAAAUGCCACGUGGUUUUAGUUUUCCUUUUUUUUUAAAAAAAAAUGUUGUCAGGAUUGCUAGUAAUCAAGAUUGCUGGUUGUCUUUUUAUAUAUUGCCUAUGAAUUUUUUUUAUUAAUUUACAUAGUACUAGUCAUUCAUAUGUAGUUAAUGAUUUCUAAUAGAUAUCAAUUAAUUUAGAUAUAAAUCUGAAAUAGUUUGGGAAAGGUUUGAUGAUUAAAAUGUAUUUUAACAGAUUUUAGAAUUCAUGAUUAAACUUUUCAAUGUCUUGAAAUGUGGAUGGAAGCAUGCAGUGUGCACCAUGUACACAUAAGAAAACACUAAUUGUCAAAGUGAAAAAGUUGCAAUCCAGAACAACCAAACAAAAUUGUAAAUAUCAGAACUGAAAUUGGAAAAAGAGACAGAUUCUGAUUCAAAAACGAGCUUCUGGCUUCCAUAAGUAAUUUGUAAAUUAUUUCAUGGGUUGUCUGCUGCAAAGUUUACCUUGGAUUAAUAGUUGCAGUGCCUAAAUUGGAAAGUUCAUAAAGAAGAUGGAUGAAACAAGCAUGUAACACAUUCUCAACAUAUGCUGUGUUUUUUUUAUACCAUAACCUUGAUAAAUGAAUGUAUUUUACAGCCACAGUAACACAUGUUUGCGCAAUUUUAACAUUGAAUUUUUUUACCUUAAACUUUUUCAUCAGGGUUCAGAUACAUUCUAUAGACAGAAAUGUUACUGAAAUAAAGUUUUUGUUACGAUAAUACCUACCAUUGUAUAUAAGCUCUGUGACAUUAAGCAGAAAAAUAACUUGCAGUCAUGAAAUCUGUGACAGUAUUAAGCUAAUGAACAAGUUUAUCCAAGAAAAGAUAUCUAUAUAAGAGUGCAACAUUGAUAUCAGAUCAACAAUAGAUGUUGUAUUAAUGUUUACCAAUAAAUUAUCCAAAUAUAAUGUUGAUAUUGUUUGAAUAUAGUUUAAUAUAAAUUGAAAUAUAAACUAAAUGGUGUGCACUCCAUAUAGCUUUAUCAGCAUCUUUCUGACCAUUUUGUGCUGGUGGAAUUUGCUGAUAGUCUAUGGAAUUUGUCCUGAGGAUAGCCAUGCUGUAGUAACAUUGGUUUCAGUUAUUAAUAUGAAGAAAAUGUCAUCAAAUUAGAACUAGCAGACAUCAUUGAAUUACAUUUUCACAUAGCAUGAUAUGUAUUUGAGUUGUAUAAAUUUAUCUUUGCUCCAAAAGAUAGCCAAAUAAAAGCUGGCACAUAUCAUAUGCUUGCUUUGCACCAUUUUCUGUCAUCUCUACACUAUUCAUAUAUUGCUAUUUUCUUAUUUUGUUCAGUCAAUCUUAUCAGUAAAUGCUGAGAAUAAA